CUCCUCCCUGACUUCUCUUCAGACUGCACAGCUGGCAAAAUGGCCACGGCGGCGGUGUCUGGUGGUGAUGUGCUCAGGAUGGAGGAAAUAAAGUUCGAGUAUUUUUCGUCCAUUAACCCGAUGGCAAAGAAGAUCAUGCAGGAGCGGCAAAGAAUCCGAGAGAAGCAUGGUUCUGAGUGGGAGAAAUUAACUCAGAGCGAGCAAGAGACUGCCAUCGAUAACUGGAUGAUGGACCCGCAGAUUCGGGCUCGGUAUGCACUGCACCGGGCUGAGAGGGAGGAGAUUGUCUGUUAUCCAAAAUUGCUGAUCCAGACAGGACAAAAAAUCGUACAUUUUGGAGAAGAGGAUAUUACAUGGCAGGAUGAACAUUCAGCACCUUUUUCGUGGGAGACCAAGAGUCAAUUGGAAUUCAGCCUUACAUCUCCAGUAGCACUGGAGCAAGGAAGCACCUCUUCACAAAUGGAGCCCAAGCUGCAGGUCAAAACCUCUCAACCGAUGAAAGCCUCACAUGGCAACGGCAGCAGUCAGGUAGCAAAGGUAUCUCAAGGCAGUAAAACACCCAGCACAGAUGGUAUAUCAUCAGGCAGGAAGGAAGAGGAAUCUUCUUUUUGGAAAAUCAGUGUUGAGAGAUCCAGACUGGAGGGAGGCCAGGCAGAUUUCCAGUCCUUGACACCCAGCCAGAUAAAGUCCCUUGAAAAGGGGGAGAAGACUGUGCCUUCAUACCGAAGACAAGAAUCCACACCUAAAGAGAAGGAGGAGCACAAAGCUGAUAAGCCACGUCUCCCUAAACAAGACAACCCUGUGAGCAUAAGUGUCUCCUCAACUGUGGCGGAGUGGGAAAGAUCCCAGCCAGCACACCUGGAUGAUGUCUUUACACCGGAACCUGAACCAAAGUCCCCAACCAUUACUGCACCCGCAAAGGACAAUGAUAAAGAGUCGUCCGCCCAAGCAGAAAACCCAUUCUUUUCCCAGUUUAACACAAGCAGUGACCUUUUGAAGACUGGUUUUGACUUUUUGGAUAAUUGGUAAAACCUGCAGAACUAUCACGAGGAAUCCUGAAGAAUAGAACUACAUCCCUGUGUGUUAUGCUAAAGGUUACAAUACAGAUUACCAGGACUGUCUGUUUUCCAACACUUCGUGUUUCACUGUUACAUUUCUUUAAAGCCAUGCUGACCUCUUCAUAUUCUUUAGAUUGUCAUUUGUAUUUAUGUAUUGUUUCUUUAAAAAUGCAUGUUUUUUAGACGGCCUUAUUUGCCUCAAGCUCACUGCAGCUGCAUUUAAAACAGCUUACACUAGAAAGAAACUUUUUUUUUUAAAUAUUUAUCUGCAAUAAUGUAUGUGUCAUCAGUGCUGUGUUUUUUUUAAUGUCAUGAUGGGCAAAGGCGCCACAUUAUAGAAGGUGUGGCUUUCAAUUAACAAUAACCAGAUAUCCAGUAAAAUGGUUGCAACAAUGA